AUGCGGAAAGUAAACGAUGGUGUCGCCCGGCGGGGACAGCUACGCGAUUUUGCUCGACGGUGGUCUGGAGGUAGGCGGGGGGACGGGAGGCCGCUGCGCUGUAGGUGUUUGAUGAGUAUGGUUGAGAGGGUCGGGUGGACGCCGAAGAACGUGCCCGCGUAUGACUCGUUUCUUUGCACCCUUGUGAAGGGGGGCGGCCGGGAGAUGAAGUACGCGAUGAGGUAUUUGGGCGAGCUGAAGGCGAAGGGGUGUUACCCGGGGAUGAAGUUUUUUAGGCUCGCGAUGGAGGAGCUUGUGAAGACCGAUGAUGCUAGAGGGGCCAGGGUUCUAUGGGAGACGCUUGUGGGGAGAAAUGAGUGUUACCCGGAUGCUAAAAUGUAUAGUUCGAUGAUUAAAUUGCAGUGUCAUGAUGAUAGGACCGACGAGGCUUUGAAGUAUUUGGAUGAUAUGGUGCUGUAUGGAGCUUUCCCCGAUGCGAAAACUUACAAUGUGGUGCUCGAGCGUUUGCUUAAGAGGAUGAGGACAAAGUAUGCGGCGGCUAUUUUUGAUGAGAUGGUGCUGAAUGAGUUUGUGCCGAGUGAGUCGAAUUGUGUUUCGGGGAUUAAGAUUUUCUUGGAUGCAAGGGAUUGGGAUAUGGGGCUGAAGGUUUGGAAGUGUAUGGUGGAUAACGGAUACCCGUUAGAGGAGAGCGGGAAUUUGUUGGUGACGAGGUCAAAGGAGUGUGAUAGGUUGCCAGAGGGUUGCAAGGUUGCAGAGGAUAUGAUCGAUAGGAGGGUGAAGCUCACCUCGGCUAAUCUGUCGAGAUUGAGGGGAAACCUUGUGCAGAUGGGUAAGAUAGGUAACUUAGCAUCAAAGAGAGCUGUCACUAUUCACAGAGUGGUGACCACGAAGAGGCUAGCUCAGUUGCUGCUACAGGAUGACUCCUUCUCCUAUGACAUGGCUCGUGUGGGAGGCAGCUUCUAAUGAUGGCUUAUUUGC